CUUCCCCCAACACCACACGCACUCAUCGACGCCCCAGUUUUGCAUUAUACCCCUUCUUCUUCUUCCUCUUCUUCACUUGAUCUAAAUAAUACACAGCCAACAUGCUUGAGGCACGCUUAGAACAGGCCAACCUUCUCAAGAAGGUCGUCGACGCCAUCAAGGACCUCGUCCAGGACUGCAACUUCGACUGCAAUGACUCCGGCAUCGCGCUGCAGGCUAUGGACAACUCGCACGUCGCCCUCGUCUCCAUGCUUCUGAGGUCUGAGGCCUUCAACCCCUUCCGCUGCGACCGCAACAUUGCGCUCGGCAUCAACCUGGGCUCGCUCACAAAGGUGCUCCGCGCUGCCCAGAGCGAUGACAUCCUCACACUCAAGGCCGAGGACGCGCCCGAUGUCGUCAACCUGGUGUUCGAGAACAGCGCGUCCGACAGGAUCAGCGAGUACGACAUCAAGCUCAUGGACAUUGACCAGGAGCACUUGGGCAUCCCGGAGACCGAGUACGCGGCGACCAUCACGAUGCCUGCUGCUGAGUUCCAGCGCAUUUGCAGGGAUCUGACUGCGCUGUCAGAGUCGGUCUCGAUCGAGUGCACAAAGGAGGGCGUCAAGUUCAGCUGCCAGGGCGACAUUGGCUCGGGCUCCGUCCAGCUGAGGCAACACACCAACGUCGACAAGCCCGGCGAGAACGUCGAGAUCGACCUCAGCGAACCCGUCUCCCUUACCUUCUCCCUCAAGUACCUGGUCAACUUCUGCAAGGCCAGCGGGUUGUCCGAUACCGUCAAGCUGAGCUUGUCCAGCGAGGUUCCUCUGCUUGUCGAGUACGGCCUGUCAAACAACAGCUACCUGAGGUUCUACCUCGCGCCCAAGAUUGGCGACGAGGAGUAAGCGAUUUGUUGUAACGAGCAAUGUGUUUUCAGGAUUUAUGUGGGAAUACAGGCGGCGUACUGUCUACGGUUUGCAUACGGAGCGUUAUCCAGUUCAUGUACAGCGCGUGAGAUUUGGCGCUUUGGCGACUCACGGACGUUUGCAAGGGCUUUCGAGGCUCUGCCCCGCCCAUCGCCCCACGUCAUUGCGCGUGGAAUUUCAAACAAAGAAUAACAAUACAUCC